ACCCACACUGACUGCGAUAACUGAUGCACCGGCAAUGUCAAAAUUGUCAAACGAAAUUUGUCACGUUAUGCGACCUCGGGGAUGUAUUAAUGAGCACAUACACCUAAUUUACACGAGAAUAACGGAAUAUAAUUUUCCUUAGAAACAUCGUUUUGCAUUUUUAAAGGCCGGUUUGAUUCAUUUUUUCUUUCUAGCCUCUUGUAGGUGUCUGAACUCGACAAGAUGCGCCUCACCAUUCAGAUGUUGAUAUCCCAUGGCCGGGUGGCCCGUAAAAUGGGUCUCGGUCCAGAGUCCCGAAUAAACAUGCUUCGGAACAUUCUUACCGGCCUCGUUCGACACGAGAGGAUAGAGACCACCCGAGGUAGAGCAGACGAAGUUCGAUUCUAUGCUGAAAAGUUGAUUGACUAUGCCAAGAAGGGAGACACUGACGAGAAAGCGAUGAAAAUGGCAAACUUCUGGCUCACAAUUAAGGAAAAGGACCUGAUCCCAAAGCUCUUCAAGGUCCUGGCUCCCAGGUUUGAGACCCAGCCCAAAGCCUACACCCGGAUGGCCCGCAUUCCCAACAGGGAGAACCUGGACAAGGCUGCUAUGGCCGUGCUGGAGUAUAAAGGCAACCCGUUCCCACCUCUCCAGACCGCCAAACGAGACAAUGACCUCACGCUAAUCAACCAGCUCCUCAAAGGCUACAGAGAACAGAGGGCACAGCAGGCAGCAGCCAAGGUUGAGGCAUGAUGCAACCAGCCACACAUUGACAUUACAUGUGUUAGAUCAGGGGUGUGUUCGAUAUGGUGAAACAUUUAGAAUGUCAUGUCUGUUCUACAGUAUAUGAACAUUCUGGAACGUUGCUCCCUCCUGAAUAAGCCCCUGUAUUUCCCAAGAAGGGGACCCACUGGUGGGUUGUACUCUAAACUUUUAUAGUCCACAGAUUCUGACUAGGUCCUGGUUUGGAAACAUUGUGUUGCUUUGUGUGUAAUAAGAAAAACACCCAAACACUUUUGGUGGAUCACACUGUUUUAGAUGACUGGCACAGUAUUUGACUUUCUGUGGACCCCACUGAACAUGAGAGGAUGUUGUGUGUCAAAAUAAAUGUGACUGUUUGACAAUGUUAAGUGUUGUGUUAUUUUGACUGUUAGUCAAAUGAAAAGUUAUGUUCAUGGCACUGCUGUGAAUUUAACAGAUGUGAUUAAAUAUGCUGUUAUUAAUCCCACUAACGGUUCAGAAACAUGUUCCCCAAACGUUUCAUUAUCAUCAUGGUUGAUGUCCUGUUUUUGAUCUCUACUGAUUCAGAAUAAACAGACAGUGGCAAAUAGAGGCAGGAUGUUUUAUGAAAGCAACCACCUUCAACCAGGCAAAAUCACACACUCAUGAGCUUCCUCAUUCUGUUAUAGACUCAAACUGUUUUGUUAAGAGCUGCUGUAGAGUUUGGUUUUCACAUACUGGUAACUACUUGCCUAAAUUGCCCCAAAACUAUUGCAAUUACAUUCAAUUGGACCGGUUCUCCUUUGCCACUUGCCUGUAAGCGCUCUUAAUUGUGAGGUUGGUUCCAGAAAAGUAAUUGUACUGUACCAAGAUGGAGAAGAUGUUUUGGACGAAUGCCCUUGCCCUUCUACAUCACAUUACACAUUCACACUGUGGCCAAGGUAUGAAAGAAACAGACAAGGCCUCUAAUAAAACCAACCAUUUUAAUUUGGCAAAAA